AUGGCAUCCCUCAAAUUUGUUCGAUCAGUAUGGGAGUCCUUUCGGGCUACUUCGGGUCUGGAGCCUCGCCUCCUGAAUAAUCUGCGCGUCACUGCUGCCAGACCUGGAACUGUUAACUUUGAACUGGAUAUCCAGAAGGAACACACUAACCGCCUGAACAUCCUCCAUGGAGGCACCAUUGCUAGCAUGGUGGAUCUGGGUGGCUCCCUCGCAGUGGCAUCUAGGGGACUAUUUGCGACAGGAGUGUCGACUGACCUCAAUGUCACGUAUCUCAAUUCUGGAGGCAAGAUUGGAGACAGGAUCCUGGCUGAGGCGAACUGUGAUAAGUUCGGAAAAACCCUUGCUUUCACCUCGAUCCAAUUUAUCAAUGCCAAGGGAGAUAUUGUUGCCCGGGGAAGCCACACCAAAUACGUGACUCUGGCUUGGAGAGACCCUCAGAACAUCGUGGAGGAAAUCAACAAGCUGCAGUAA